GAAAAUUUACAAGGUGUUGAACACAUAAUAUUACUAUGGCAGCAACACUACUUUCUCUACUUACUCUUACUAUCUUUUCUUCUAUUUUGCAUUCUUCAAAAGCACUAAGUGUAAACUACUAUCAACAAACAUGCCCCAAGGCCGAAUCGACCAUCACGAACGUCGUUAAGAAGGGCAUGAUGAACGACAGAACUGUGCCAGCAGCUCUACUUAGGAUGCACUUCCAUGACUGCUUCAUCAGAGGCUGUGAUGCUUCUGUGCUGCUGAAUUCCAAGGGCAGCAACAAAGCAGAAAAAGACGGGCCUCCCAAUAUUUCACUGCACGCGUUUUACGUUAUCGACAAUGCUAAGAAGGAAGUGGAGAAAAUGUGCCCUGGUGUAGUCUCUUGUGCUGACAUUCUGGCUCUUGCUGCUAGGGAUGCAGUUGUGCUUUCUGGAGGUCCGAGGUGGGAUGUGCCUAAAGGGAGGAAAGAUGGAAGAAUUUCAAGGGCUAAUGAUACGUUGCAAUUGCCAUUUCCUACCUUCAACAUAUCUCAAUUGCAGCAAAGCUUCUCCCAAAGAGGCCUUUCUAUAGAGGAUUUAGUGGCACUCUCAGGAGGACACACACUAGGCUUCUCCCAUUGCUCAUCCUUCCAGAACAGAAUCCACAACUUCAACAACGCAACCGAUGUCGACCCGUCGAUGAACCCAUCCUUGGCAGCCAGGCUGAGGCAGCUCUGCCCCAUGCACAACAAGGUCAAAAACGCGGGAGCCAACUUAGACUCUUCCCCAACUGUCUUCGACAAUGCAUACUACAAGGCACUUCUUCAGGGGAAGAGCAUUUUCUCCUCCGACCAGGCUUUGCUCACCACUUCCAGAACUAAGGCAUUGGUGUCCAAAUUUGCAGCCUCGCAGGAGGAGUUCUAUGAGGCGUUUGUAAAGUCUAUGAUCAAAAUGAGCAGUAUUAGUGGGGGUGGAACUGAGAUUAGGCGAAAUUGUGGGGCUGUUAAUUAAUUUUUUUCUUAGUUGAUGUUUGUGUAUGCAUAUGCAUAUGCAUGGCCAACCCAAUCGGUUGCUUUAUUCUGUGUUUUUCUUCUCUUCCUAUGGGAUUUGAGGAACAAAAGAGUGGAAAGAGGUUUGUCUAGGAAUUAAAAGAGGUAUUAAAGCUUACAUAUUAUGUAGUGCAAAUAAUAUUGUAUUUGUAAUUUUAAUUUUAAUUGUGAUUAUUGUUCUUGAAAACAUGCUGC